GUUAUUAUUAUUUUUUUCUAAAAGAAAAAUUUUUUUUAAAUUUCAUAAUUAAAUGUCAUAUUACAGCUAGAUAUUCUAAAUGGAUGGACUUUAUUUUCUAAAAAAAAUAAAUUCUUAAAAAUAAUUUAAAAAAUUCUGAUUACAGAGAGAUAUUCUGAAUAAUGAAUUAGAAUAAAUUUCUUAGAAAUUUAUAAAUAUUUCAUUUUUUUUUCAUAUUUAUACAAAAAUGAAAACGAAAUUUUUUAUAUUACCGUUUUAUAUGGUAACUAGCACUUGUAUUUUACCUUCGCCAUUAACGUUGCAAUUAAUCUUGGAAUUUGCUAAAUGGAAAACAUGGGAUCAAAUAGUGUUGUUUGAGAAUUUAACUUCUUUGGAUUGUGUCUUUACUUACACCAGGCCUUUGAUCGCAUGCUUAUCCGAUGAAGGAAUCGGCAUGUCAAUUCAAUCAGCUACUAAUCCAAAUAUACCUGAUGCUCUUACGAUCCAAAAGCAUCGCAUUGGAUCGAUCGUUCUAUUGGAUGGACUUAACCUAACGGCCCCUGAUAAUAUACUUUACGUGGCAUCGCAAAAAUUUCAAUUUAAUUAUUAUAUUUCGUGGUUAAUGAUAACCAUGAGAAAUAUGGAUACAACAAUCGAUACUGUGCUUCGACAUUUGAAUAUUGGUAUUGAUAGUGAUGUAAUAGUGGCAACACCUUCAACAACAUAUGAAAUGAUCCAGAAAUUAUCUCGAAUAUAUUGGAAUAAAACUUGUGCAUCUUUACAACAUUAUGGAAAUCAUUUCAAUUUCCGGGAAUCGGAACCAAUCAAACAUUUCAAUGAAAAUGCGUCGAUCAACUUGAAUUACGCGGUUCUUGAGAACGGAACGUUGCUGUUUUAUUUUAUUCAUGUGUACAAGAUCCGAUAUUCGGACAAUACCAGUUUGGUGACUAAUUUCCUUGGUUCUUGGAAUCUGAACUCAUGGUCUUUAAACAAUCCGAUCAGCGUGAAACUGAGAAACGAAUUUAAAGGACAACCGAUUAUCUUUGGCGUUUUGAAUGAAACAAUCGAUGGUCAAAUGGAUAUAAAUGAAGAAGAAAUGAAUGAUAUUGCGCCACUUCUCGAUUUCGCCAAUUUCGUCGCUAAUAGUGUAAAUGCAAGCAUUGAAUUGGUGUCACACGAGAAACUAGGUACUUUGAAUAACAAAAUUUGGAGUAAUCUACUUGGAGAUGUUGUGAGUGGAGAAGUAGAUAUUGGACUAGGAUACAUCACUGUAAACAAAGAACGACAAGCGGAAAUGUCAUUUAGCCAUCCCCUAAUUCGCUAUAUGAGGAAUAUUUAUUAUCAUCCAUUAGAAAGUGGAACAAUGAGGGACAUAUUUCGUCAACCAUUUAAUAAUUACUUAUUAAGUUGCGUCGCAUUCACUUAUUUUAUGAUACUAAUAUCUAUGGGAUUGAUCAUUUACACAGCAAAAACUGUUUUACAUUAUGAGGAAGCGAAACGUGUUGGAAUAGGAGAGGCUGCACUUUGGUGCAUCAGUAUAAUGUGCAUGCAAGGUUCUCCAUGGACACCAUGCAAUCCAUCAGGAAAAACAAUAUUAUUAUUCACUUUGAUAUUCGCUUUGGUGAUGUAUAAUGCUUAUGCCGGUUUCAUUACUUCAAUUUUAUCAGUGCAAGCAAGUGGUAUCAAGUCCAUCACCGAUAUUUUAUCGCAUGAUUUUAAAUUGGGAUACAGUAUUACUGAUGAUGAAUAUAUUAGAAAUGUAAACGAUAGCAAUCUUCGACAAUUAUACAUAAGAGCGUACAAUAGCCGAGAAUCUAAAUUGGAUACGAGUUCUGGACUCAUGAAGGCCGUGAAAGGACAUUAUGGUUUUUUCGUAAGCGCCACUCUUGCACGUCGCACUCUCAGAUCCACCUUGAUUCAAGAAAGAUGCACUUUGAAGGAGCUAUCCCUUCCACAAACGUUCACGAUGGUGGCUCUACCCAUGGCUAAUUCUUGUCCUUACAAAAAGAUCAUUAAUUUAAACAUUCUAAAAAUACGAGAACGAGGUGUUUUGAACAGAAUAACGGAACAAAUGUUACCAGAGAUGCCUCGAUGCAAAUCAUCAACUACGUUUCACAGUGCUAGACUAGCCGAUGUUUACUCCGCUUUCUUCAUUUUGAUCGCUGGUGGUGUGGUCGCUAUUUCCAUUUGGAUCGCUGAGAGAAUUUGGCACAAAAGGCGACAAAUGAAGGAAACAAUCGUGCAACGUGUGCGUCAACGUCGGCUUAUGCCCUCUCACCUACCCCAUUUACCUCGUUUUAAAUCAUUCUCGCAUUUCCCUUUUCAAUCACAAUUGGAUUUCCAUAAUGAUGCUCGAAACGAUUUUUCUCACGACUAUUGCAAACACAAUUCAUCGAUAAACAAUGAUUGUUUCGCGUCAAAAUUAUCCAUAUCUACAAAACAUUCGAAAGAAAAAAUUUCGCUGAAAAAAAGAAAGGAGAAAAACGAUUAUGUAGAUUCAGAUGAAGAUAUUGAUCGAUCUCGUUACGAAUCAAAAUUUUUCACCUGGAAAAGAUAUAGUAAUUUGAAACGAACGAAUUGGAACCAAUUUUUGGAAUUUCCAAAAUCGAAACUUGAUAGAAAUAAGAUUGAUAGAUUGAAAGAUAAUAUAGUUUUUCCUUUUCAUCAUUGAUUAAUAAGGAAGUUAGAUCAGACCUUAGAAACUUCAUGAAAAAUGAAGUUGUGAAUUGUUUUGCGAUAUUGUUGAAUUGUAUUUAUUUAUUUUUUUUCUGUAAAGAUUUUUGAAAUAGUAAUUUAAAUAGUUUUGACAUUAUUUUAUGUAUUUACAUAUAAAUGAUAGAGAAUGAUAUCAAUGAAACACUUAUAUGGAAUAUUGUCAUUAUUUCAUGAUGU